AUGCCUCUGGGUGAUGACCUACCUAUGUACGUAUACAUCCAAAGGGCACGUAUCCAUGCCCUAAUUUUAUUAGGAGGUCUCAUUCUACCGGACACCACGGGGUGUAAGGUGCCAUUUAUGUGGUUGAAUGGGCUUGGGGAUCCAGAAGAGGUGAAGAAUAUUAGUUGGGGAAGUGCGGCAUUGGCCUACCUUUAUCAUUAUCUGUGCGAGGCUUCCAUGGAUAAGAGAAAAGAGUUGGGCGGGCCUAUGAUGCUUCUGCAGCUAUGGGCGUGGGAAAGAAUGCCCACAUUGAGGCCUGCGUUCAUUGGACCAGUUGUACACGAGCCAUAUACACCAUGUGGCGCCAGGUGGAAAGGAACAACGCAGAUAGGAAAUGCUCUUAGACAUUCGGUUGAGCAUUAUCGUGACCAAAUAUCUCUGAUUAGACCUGGCCAGUUUAUCUGGACGCCAUACGCACAUUGCAUACUGCCUGACUACUGCAAUGAUGUGACUGGAUGCUCUCUGUGCGAGACCUACUUGGUAUGUUGGGCAUAUGUCGAGGCCCAUGAGCCUGGACGAGUGCGACGACAGUUCAAUCGGUACCAGGAUAUACCGCAGAAUGUAGACAGGAUGCUAAGGAACGCCGAUCAUUUAGGCAAAAAUGAUCGGCGUGGUAAAAAGGGCAACAACUGGGCAACCACGCACCAGUUCUACAUUGGGGAGUGGGACAUGAGGUACGAAAGGUUCCAAGCUGCCGAAUACGCCGCACCAAUGUCUUUGGAUAUUCCCAUGAGCCCGGGUUAUAUGGCGUGGUAUAACAGAAUUACAGUGACGUACAUGACUCGGCCUGGGGCACGGGCCACUGCUGGGAUGAAUGAGUCGGCUGCUUCGAUGCGACUAUUUGUUGAGGCUUUUCAGAGGGUUUUUCAUUUAACUACGGAAGACGAAAUGGACCCCCGAGUGCGCCAGAUUCGAGAAAUUGUUAGGACUACCCUCGAAGAUACGAACAACGGUGAUGUCAUGGAGUACCCCGCUUCUCAACAUCAGGAUGUGGUCAUGCCGUACCAAGAAGAAGUAGUUCCACGGCGUCGUGGAGCGCGUGGUGUUCGGACUGGGGGACACGGCUACACAAAGCAGUUUAGGAUGUCUCAGGCGCCUCCCGAUUAUGUAGCACCAGAGGCGCAGUAUCAAGAGCAUGACCCACCCCAGUGGUAUUCACACCCGACGCAUGAGUCUCAGUCGCAGUGGGACCGUCCACUGCAUUCUCCAAGCCAGCCUGAGCCCGAUUGGAAUCGUCGCUCAUAUUCACAAAGCCAAGACAUGUCGCAAUGGAGUGGGGCCCGAGCGUCGGUCGAUUCAUUCUUCCAGAAUUAUCAGGUCAUGCCUCCUGUACAAGCUGAAGAAGAAGACGAUGAUGAAGAAGAAGAUGACAACAUUGUCGAGGCACAUGAGGAAGAAGACGUUGUUCAUAGCAUCCAUGGCCAACCUCGUCCAGCUGCGGAGGGUUCAUCACGCAGCGGGGUUAGGAAGCUCGUGAGCAAAGUGUACAAGAGACUAUCUUCGAGGAAGAACAAGGGGAUUGAACCGGCUAAGUACACUCCGUCGUCGUAUAAGUAG